AUGCCUGAUUCGGAUAAAGAAGUUCUUUUACACAAAAUAAAUGAACACAGGACCACCGGCACUCUUCCUGUUGAAUGGACCUCUUCCAUCAUUACUCUCAUACCAAAGCCCGGCAAGCCCGCCACACUCUCCAACCUGCGACUCAUUUCACUUACUUCCUAUGUCGGAAAAACCAUGGAACGCAUGGUAUUCGCACGUCUUACGGAUAUUCUCGACGAUAUUCACUUCCUUUCACACAAUCAGAUUCGUUUCCGCUCCCACAUGUCUACUGAAGACCUCUUUCUCCUUCUCCAGGAAACUUUAUUUCAACCUUCGAGGUGUCAAGUUAACGCACUUGUCACUGUGGACGUCCGCAAGGCCUUCGAUACCUCACUUCAUGACGCUAUCCUCUCCCCCCUCGAAGACACCGGCUGUGGAUCCCGACUCUAUUGUUACGUUUCUUUUCUCCGCUCUCGACAAGCUCAGUUCCGACUCGGGACCACGUUGUCCCCGCCCAUCGCGCUCACCCGCGGAACACCUCAAGGUGCCGUGCUCUCUCCAACCCUCUUUAAUCUCAGGCUAGCCACUCUCGCAAAAUCCUUGUCGGAGAUUUCGCACCUACAGUCAAUUCUCUAUGCUGAUGACAUAACCCUUUGGUGUACUCACGGCUCACCGGGGGAGGUGGAAUUCACAUUACAAUCCGGCCUCAACCUCAUUUCCGAAUUCCUUUCCCGCCCUGGUAUGCAAGCGGCUCCAGAGAAAUCUUCGCUGCUGCUCCUUUCCGCUACAAAGUACCAACGGUCUGUAAACUCCCUCCUUAAUCUCACUCUCGCCGGUACUCCCAUCCCCCACACGUCAUCCUGCCGGGUUUUAGGCCUUUCCCUCCAAGACCAAUCUUUCGCCCGCGCAAUACAGUCCACAAUCACCACAUGCCACCAAGUAACUCACUUAGUCCGACGAGUGGUCAAGCGGCGCGGCGGCCUCGACGAAUGCAGAGCCAAUCAACUUGUAACAGCCUUUGCCUUGAACAAAAUACUUUAUUCCCUGCCAUACUGCACACUUACGCAGACGCAAAUGCAUCGCAUUCAAUCGGAUUUAAACAGUCUCUAUAAAGCUGCCCUACAUCUUCCGACACACGCAUCCACAGCCAAACUAUACGCAACAGGCCUAUUUCUUCCCCUUGCAGAGCUCUUGCGCCUCCAUAGGGAUCGACAACUUGGCCGCCUAUCCAGCUCUGCGCAGGGUCAUUGGCUACUGCAGCGGGCUGGCAUCCGGCCCAUUGACUUUCCUCUGUACACCCCUCAACGACCUCUUCCCAGCAAUCUCCGCUGUGCCCCUACUCCCUCCAAUAUGACCCCACAUCUUCAUGAGGGACGACGACAAGCCCGCGCUCACUUCCCCGAGCCUUUUCCACCGGACACUGUCACAUGCUACGUCGACGCAGCGUAUUACCAAACUCAUGGCUCCACUGCUUGUGUGACAAUGCCGACCCCCCUUGGCAUUCCCAUCACUUCCACCGCUGGCCCCUUCUCACUUCCUACUUCUUCUCUAUCCCUUGAAUUGGCCGCGAUCGUUCACGUGACGCACGAACUAACCCUUCUUCCUCCCUCUCCUCGGUAUCGCAUUUGCUCAGACUCCAUGGCAGCAAUCAGGGCUCUUCGCGACAACAGACUUCCCGAUAAUCUGCAUGACGACCUUUCUGACGCUCUCUCCCUUCUCUCCCCUGCUUUGGUCACUGUGGUGUGGGUGCCAGGGCAUGCGGGGAUUAUCGGCAAUAAGCUCGCUCAUGAGCUUGCCCGCGAGAUUAAUAGCUGGGCGCCGACAAUCCUCUGGCCUUGCCCGGCCAUAGCGGACGAGGCACACUUUUAUAAGAAAACUCUGAAGCAGCACUACAUACACCUCCGGCAUUCAUUGCAGACGCUUCCGCCACCACACCCUCGUCUCUCCACUGUCCAAGUACGCACCCUCAGGGCCAUCCAGCUCAACACCUUGAUCACUCCAGCACGCCUAUACCUUUAUCGUUACCGCUCAGACCCCUCAUGUCCCAACUGCCCCUCUACGUACGCAAAUGUAGAGCACAUCAUUUUCUCUUGCCCCGCGGCCCUACAAUCCCCUCACUACCCUAACCCCCCACCUCCCCACUGGCGGGUGUGGUUGGCGUCGGCGGCCUUCACUGACCAGCUGGCCAUGGUCCUCCUGGCG